AUGGCCAAUAUUCAAGAAUUCAAGGCAAUCAAAUCUUGGAUCUUUGAUACUGGAUUAGUUAUCCGUGUCGAAGAAAUCUUUAGUGAACAAUUCGUUAAGAAACAACAACAAACACUGACCGUCAGUCAACAAACUAAAGAAAAUGCUCAUCAUAUUGUUCAAGUCUUGUAUUAUUUUAUUACUUGUGCUAUCAAAUAUAUGGAAAAACAUGAACCAUCAGGUAAAAUCCUCAAGGAUUAUAAACAUUGGUAUAAUGGCAAAGAGACCGAAUGGAUUAAAGCAUUAUUAAGGUUGGGAUUAGUUAAUGAAGCGCUUGUUCUUGCUGAGCAAUAUCGUGCCUUCGGUUCUCUUGUGGUUAUUCUUGAAUCACAAAGAGAAGAAUUAUCAGAUACAGAAGAAAUCAAUCAACUUUAUGGGAAAUAUUUUGAAAUGUUUGGAUAUUCAUUUGCAUCAAGCGUAUAUUCAUACUAUUUGAAGACUGGAAGAAUACAACCUUUAUUGUUGGAUUUUAUGAAUUAUAAACAUUAUUUACUUGAAUAUUUCGAAAAGAAUCCUGAUAAGACCGCGAAUGUGUCUUGGAUUAGAUCAUUAUUGGAUCAAGAUUUCAUAACUGCUUCCGAAGCACUCGUGAGAUCUGCAAAUUUGAAACCUAAAGAUAAGGUAUUGAAUCGAGAGAUUAAAUAUUCAAUUGCAAAAUUGGCUACUAUUGCAGCUAGUCAAUCUUCCGAGAUUACUGAUGAAAAGGUUUCCGAAAUUGAAAGGCAAUUGGAAAUAGUUAGAUAUCAGAAGGCAGUUUAUAAUGCCCUCGCUGGACAAAUAAAACUUGAACUGUUAAAGCUCGAAGAAUUUAGAAAAUCAUAUGUUAAUCAUGAUUUAGACAAUAGCUUAGUUAAUUCUGUCGUUGAACAAUAUUUCCAAUCGUUUAUUGAAGGAAUCCAGUUAUCACCGGAAAGAUUGAUAGAUUUAUUAACUACCUUGAAGCCAUCGUUGCUUAAAAAAAUGGGAUUUGCGAAUGCUUUACGAGUCGCUCAAUCAUUCCAGAAUGAAAGUAUUGCCGAUUUCUAUAUUAGUGUUGUUUGGUUGCGAUUAUUGACGAUUGGUGAAGGUGAGAAGUUGUUUAUGCAAUGGGAUAAUAAGAAUGUUAGUGAUGAAAUAAAUAAGAAGAAAAUUGUUGAUUCAACUUUAUUUAACACCUUGAAAGAAAUCAAGUUGGAAUCAAAAUUGAUAGAGAGACUUGAUACAUUAUUGGUAAAUCCUGUUGUUGGAGAUGAACAUGAGGAUAAUAUUACAAUCAAUCAAUUGAAUGAAUCGUUAUCUAGUGUGCUUAGGAAGUAUCUCAACAACAACCAAAGGAAUAAGAAUUUCAAAUUAUGGGUAGAAGCAGUUAAAGAAGAGGUUAAACUUUCUUUGUAA